AUGGGAGUUGGAUCUUCUAUAGACGAAGCUGGCAUGUACAUAGAAAUUUCUGUGCAGGGUGUCCAAGCUAAAUUCCUGAUUGACACAGGGGCAACAUUGACGUUGUUGUUCUCAACAAUGUACGAGAAAAUUGCAGAGAACACCAGACCAAAGCUGCAGAAGAUUAACCAGAGUAUUUUAGCUGCCAAUGGAAGUGAGCUGUCUAUCAAGGAUAAGACGGACUUAACAUUAAAUAUUGAGGGUGUGGUACUGUACACUACUGCUGUCAUUGCGGAGAUUCAGGCAGAUGGAAAACUGGGACUUGAUUUCCUACUGUCAAAUGCAUGCACGGUUGACAUGAGCGAAAGGUUGCUUCACAUUUUAAAAAGAUAA